AUGGAUUCUUUUUUAAAUAGAUUAAAUAUUAUUUUUUAUUCUAUGGCUUUUUGCUUUUUCAUCUUAUGCCUUUUUAAUUAUGGGACAUCAUUUUAUUUAUUUGAUGAGAAAGAAAUAAAAACUCAAAUAAAAGUAAAUCAUGUAAAAAGAUUUGUUUAUAACAGAUAUAUAAAGGGGGAUGAAGUAGUUUUAUCGUUAGACUUAUCAUUUGAUAUGAGAAAAGCAUUUAAUUGGAAUUUGAAACAGUUAUUUGUUUAUGUGUUAGUAACUUAUGAAACCCCAAAAAAAGUUAGAAAUGAAGUCAUUAUACAGGAUUAUAUAAUAACUAAGAAAAAAUAUGCAAAGAGAAAUUAUAAAAAUUUUUUAACUAAAUAUUCACUAAAAGAUUAUUCCAAUGGAUUAAGAAAUAAUUUAAUUCAUUUACAAGUAUGUUAUAAGUAUAUGCCUAUUGCUGGAUUUACAAGAUCUUUUGAAGGGGAUAAAAUAUCUUAUAAAUUGCCAUCAGAUUAUUUUGAUAAUUUGCCAUCAAAUUAUCCAUUUUAUUAUCCAGAUAAAUAA